AUGGUCUUCAUAAACAGAGAAAAGAAACAAAGAACUGGCUCAUAUAACAAGCUCAUUGUAAUGAUUCCGGUGCGACGGGAGGUUCCAACGAGGCUUCACGAACUUCAAUGUCCGUUCUGGAAUGCCGACCCCGGGGCUGACCAUAGAGCUCAGUCGAAAAUCUGGGAUCGAGCCAAUAAGCUGUGGGACCAUGUUGAGAGGAAUGUCGUGGAUAGUGACGGGAAGCGCGCCGGAGUCCAUCAAAACGAGCUACAGGCAUACUCUUGUGGCACGAAGCCAUGUGGUCUUUGCGCUCGACAGAACAUUCACUUUGUGCCCGAGAGCGUUAUGCAUUUUAAGAGACACACUUAUGACGUCCACGGUCCGCGGUUACGCGGUCUCAGUUGUUGUAAUCCUGGCUGA